AUUCUCCGUUCACGUUGCUUCGUAGCCCGCCAUUACAACUAGGGAAGAAGAACAAAACGGAAACUACGCAAUUUUCGCGCGAAAUGUUGUCCAGCGUUGGCGUGAGUUGUCUGAAGAAUAUUUCUAUGAAAUCUUCCUUUUUUCAAUGCGGGUUUUAAAUCAAAGCAGAUAAACGGACACACACACACAAAGGCUUUCUUUUUGUAUUGAUUAUUGAUUGCGUUGUCGUAUCCGAGCUCGUGCAACAGUAAACGAGGAAACAAGAUGAAGUAUUUCACCAGACUGAGAGUCAGAAGAGUGUACAAGUGGCGCGGAGAGCCUGUUAGUUUCAACAGAAAGUUGAAAACGUAUGAAUAUGGCUCCUUGGCCAUCAGUGUGGAGGGUCUCCCGAAGACCACGGUCAUCAACACGGGCCAACACAUCCUCAUAGAGGGCGAAGACGAAGACAACCCUUACGUGGCCAAAGUCAUCCGGCUGUACGGUGACGAGAGCGGGAGGCAGAAGAAGGCGGUGGUUCAGUGGUUUGCCCGUGUGUCCGAAGUGCCUGUGAGCAAGCUGAAGCUGCUGGGCAGAGAGCCUCACCCGCAGGAGAUCUUCUACUAUCAGGGCCGCAGCUGUGACGACGAGGUGGACGCCGAGUCCAUCCUCAGGCCUGUGCAGGUGAAGCAGCUGGACGGAGCGGCUCCGUUCCCGGACGGCGAUCGAGACGUUCUGUACGUGAAGCUGUCCUGGGACUCCAAGACCUUCAAAGUGCUGGACUCUGAACUCGCUCCGGAGUCCCCUCCUCCUCCUCCUCCUCCUUCCUGUCCCAAACCCUCCCUCCCCCCCCCAUGCUCCCCUCCUGCAGCGGCGCCGGCGUCCCGAGGUCCCGCUCGGCGCGCCCUUCCCACCCCGGACUUCGCCAUCAUGCGGCGCGCCGCCGCGGGGGAAGUGAAAGUCAGCCGGGCCACCAUGAGCGCCAGGAAGGCCAGCGCCGCCGAAGCGGAGUCGCUGCACUCGGCCACCAAACAGUCGGCCUCGAAAUGUCUGAGCAGCAAGAGGAGGACCGCCUCGGCCAGGACGCCCGGGGUCCGCAAGAAACUGGAGCUCAGCAGUCCGGAGAAGAAGUCGAUGAUCCGCGAGGAUGUCCUGAGCCGGCUGCUGGACGAGGACCUGGAGUCAGAGGUGAUGUUGGCUCAGAGGCUGUCGGCAUCUCCUCCGCAGGCGCUGCCCCUCAACCACAGCCUCGGCCCCGCCAGGACGGCCCACCACGCCGCUGCUCGGGGCCCUUUCCCCCUGAAGCCCGCCGCUGUAGUCCUCGCCAAACUCCCCGAGGAGGACAGCCCUCCUCCUUCUGCCGGACGAGACUCCACCAGAGCUACCACUCCUUCUCGGAGAAAAGAACCGAAAACCCAGAAAGAACCGGCCAUGGGAGUGCUGGCUGAAGAGGACAGCGAAAACUGUCCGAUGCUGCCGGUCGCCGCCACGCCGCGGAGCUCCAAGAGGAAGUCGGCCCAGCUGGUCUCGUCUCGCAUCCGAAGGCAGCUGAACCUUCUGGACAACCGGCUGGACCGGGACUCGGACUCGGACGGAGAGGACGAGUUUGUUCCCUCCAGGAAGGAGCUCCAGAGCAGCAGCGAUGAAGAUGAUGAUGAUGAUGAUGGGGAGGAAGAAGAUAGCGACGAGGACGCCGUGUUUUUUAAAAAAAGCCGACGUGCGUCUACGGCCACGCCGCGCUCCAAGCAGAGAACUCGCUCCUCCGCCAGAACGCCGCGGAAAACUCCCAACAAGAAGGUCACACCCGGCACGCCGCGGACGCCUCACGGCGCCACUCCCAGCAUCCCCAGCAGGUCGCUGCCGGCCCGACAGCCCGCUAACGUUCUGGAGGAGGCCAGGACCAGGCUGCACGUGUCCUCGGUGCCGGAGUCUCUCCCCUGCAGAGAGCAGGAGUUUCAGGACAUCUACAGCUUCGUGGAGAGCAAGAUCGUAGACGGCACGGGCGGGUGUAUGUACAUCUCCGGUGUUCCCGGCACCGGUAAGACGGCCACGGUCCACGAGGUGAUGCGCUGCCUGCAGCACGCGGCCGACGUGGACGAGAUCCCUCCUUUCCUCUUCGUCGAGAUCAACGGGAUGAAGAUGACGGACCCUCAUCAGGCCUACGUCCAGAUCCUGCAGAAGCUGACUGGUCAGAAGGCCACGGCCGACCACGCGGCAGCGCUGCUGGAGAAGAGAUUCAGCAACGCUGCUCCCAGGAAGGAGACCACCGUGCUGCUGGUGGACGAAUUGGACCUGUUGUGGACCAGGAAGCAGAACGUCAUGUACAACCUGUUUGAUUGGCCGACGCGGCGCCACGCCCGCCUGGUGGUGCUGACCAUCGCCAACACCAUGGACCUGCCGGAGAGGAUCAUGAUCAACAGGGUGGCCAGCAGACUGGGUCUGACCAGGAUGUCCUUCCAGCCGUACAGCUUCAAGCAGCUGCAGCAGAUCAUCAUGUCGCGGCUCAACAAGGUGAAGGCCUUCGAGCAGGACGCGCUCCAGCUGGUGUCCAGGAAGGUGGCCGCUCUGUCGGGCGACGCUCGCCGCUGUCUGGACAUCUGUCGCCGGGCGACGGAGAUCUGCGAGCACUCUGCGGCCAACCCCUCUGGCUCAGGAUUGGUGGGAAUGAGCCACGUCAUGGAGGCGCUGGACGAGAUGUUUUCCUCCGCCUACAUCACGGCCAUCAAGUGCGCGUCGUUGCAGGAGCAGCUCUUCCUCAGGGCCGUCAUCGCUGAGUUUCGGCGGCUGGGAUUGGAGGAGGCCACGUUCCAACAGGUGUUCGUGCAGCACCAGGCUCUGUGCCGGGUGGAGGGUCUGCAGCCCGUCAGCGUGUCGGAGGGCCUUGCGGUGUGCCAGCGUCUGGGAGCCUGCAGGCUGCUGCUGCUGGAGCCCAGCCGCCUCGGGGUCCUGCAGCGAGUCCGCCUCAACGUCAGCCAGGACGAUGUGCUGUUCGCCCUGAAGGCCGACUGAAGGAGGCUCCUCUUCAGACUCAUUCAGACCGAGUUAUACACACACACACACACACUCAACAUUUCAGCUUUUUAAACCUUAAAUCACUUCUUGUGUUAAACUUCAGACAGACACUUUUGAAUUUAUUUUUUGUUGUUGUUAUGUCCCCAGUUUAAAAUGAGAUUUUUCUCUUUCUGGGAUUAUUUUUAAAGUUGUAUAGUGCAUCUUAUCUUUAUGUAUCAAUGUAUUUGCAAUAAAACCCCCGUCUUUAAUAUGAA